UUGCCCCAGAAACCAGACGCACUUCGGGUCAAUGUUGCAACACGUUCAGUCAGGGACUCGCGACCAUAAGUUGUUUUUCGCCUUCUCACUGGGGAUUUUGCUAGGCUUCGUCACCCUGAUGCUGUACACCAGAUCAUUUCCAGACGAACUCCUGCCUCGUGCACCUGACUCGCUUCUCUUCAAAGUUUUAAACAAGGAAGUGCUGCUUGCAAAGCACAAUUUGUCCAUAGAACAGAAAAGAGCGUCCAAAGAAGGAAGAUUGUUGUGCUGGGUGAUGACUGGCCCGGGCAACCACGCAAAGAAGGCCAUGCACGUGAAAGCAACUUGGGGCAGGCGGUGCGACAUUUUGCUCUUCAUGAGCUCGAAAAACGACACUGCUUUGCCAGCCGUGGCGUUGCCCGUGCCAGAAGGAAGAAACAAUUUGUGGGCAAAGACCAAGGAAGCUUUCAAAUUUGUAUACCAGCACUACCUGGACGAAGCCGAGUGGUUCAUGAAAGCAGACGACGACACUUACGUUGUCGUUGAGAAUUUACGUCACAUGCUGUCCUCGCACAAGCCAGAUGAACCUCUUUUCUUUGGCUGCCGUAUGAAGCAAUUCGUGAGACAGGGAUUCAUGAGUGGAGGUGCAGGUUACGUUUUAAGCAGAGGAGCGCUAAAAAAAUUUGUGCUAGAGGGUCUUCCCUAUAAGGACAAAUGCCGUCCAGACAAUGGUGGUGCUGAGGACGUGGAAAUGGGAAAAUGUCUAGAGAAGGUAAACGUCACGGUCGUGGACAGCAGGGACUCGCAAGGUCGGGGUCGUUUUUUUCCAUUCACCCCUGACAGCUUCAUCCUCCGAGGCAAAUCGCCGAGAGACAAUUGGUACAACAGUAACUCUUACUACCCUCCUAUACAGGGCAUGAACUGCUGCUCAGAUUCCGCAAUUACUUUCCACUACGUCAGUCCAAACAUGAUGCACACAUUCGAGUACCUAAUUUACCACCUUCGGCCACAUGGCGUCUCUAGCCCUGACAGCGAGAGCGAAUCAUCCACUUUUAAAGCCAAAUGAUACGUUUUAUGUCUUUCUAAUGAAAAUUGAGUUUGACUCAGUGAAGUUGACGAGUUUGAAAAGUGUCCUUAUUAACUUGUUUUAUUUUUAGUUUAAUUUAUUGUAAAUUAAGGUCAAUGAAAACAAGUUUCUUAAUUUUAUUUAUCUUCAAUUCCCAGGCACUAAUUGUUUUAAGAAAGUGGGAAGACGUCGAUUUAAACAUAUUCAAUAAUUUCAAUGCUUUUUACAGACCAUAAAACAAAGUUAAAUAUUUAAAU